GGCAGCAGCAGCAGCAGCAAGAGCGCUUCUAUAUCAUGUCGCCGUUGCUCAACAGAAGCCGGUUUGGCGCUCAUGGCGACGUCAUGGGCGCUUCCCCCUCAGACGAAGCCGGAAAGACUGCUCUCUGCGACGAGAUCAAGAGCAGAGCUAGGGCGGAGUUCGCCAGGAAGAACCUUCCCCAGGCGGAGAUGCUUUACUCGAAAGCGGUGGAGAUCAGGCCGGAAGAUGCCACGCUGUACAGCAACUUGGCGGCCGUGCGGCUUGGUCUGAACAAGCCCGGGCCGGCGCUGGAGAAUGCUGUAGAGGCGCUUCGCCUGGACCCGUCCUACGCCAAGGGCCACUACCGCAAGGGGCAGGCACUGAUGGCGCUCACGAGGCCGGGCGAGGCCGCGGAGGCUUACCGAGCGGGGGCUGCUCUUGAGCCCGAGAGCAAGCUGUGGGCCCCCCUCGUAGAAAAGGCGGAGAAGGCGGCGGCUUCGGCGCCGGCAUCGUCGCCUACGAAAGCGACACCAACCGAAGCCAGCAAUAGCAGCAACAGUAGUAGCGGUAGAAAGAGUGCCGAUUCGUCAAAGAGCGGCGGGACUAGCACUGCUUCGCCGGCAGCUUCCACCGCCUCUAGUCGUGGUGGUGGUGGUGGUGGUGGUGGUAGCAGCGGUAGCGGUGAUGCGGGGGCGGGGAUGAAGGGGUACAAGAUAACGGCAGACGGGAAGAAGACGACGUACUUCAACAACGACCUGACGGAAGAGGCGAAGGCCCUCAUCGGGGACAUUGCUCCCAAGAAGCUGGAGCCCGCCGCUGCCGCCGUGCAAGAGUCGACCUCGGGGGGGGGCAACGAGGCGAGCGCUUGGAACAAGGCGGGGACGUGGGAAUCUCGAGAUAUGACAAGCUGGGCGAAGCAGCGUCUCGAAGAGCUCUUGGUAGGAGUGGAGCUGGACGCCUUGGAAAGCGUGGUGAAGGUCGUCAAGGUCGACAAACUCGAGGGAGACGCGGAGAUCUCGUUUUCUCGAGGGAAGAAGAGGUACAUGUUCGACUUCCGCUUCGAACUCAAGUGGGAAGCGCCGGAUCUCGACUGCGGCCCCGCGAAGGGGGUGCUCAUGUACCCUGACGUGGGCCAGGACUGCGACGGGGUGUACGACGUCGAGUGCAGGGUGGAUAGCAGCACCUCCGCCGCCGCCAGAGGAUUCGUGGACCGGCACGUUCGACCAGAAGGCUCGGGUCUGAGGGAGGCGGUGCUGUCUCGCUUGACGGCUUUCACCACCGAAUACUACGCAAAAUAGCGAGGAGCUGUUUCGUCGCUUUAUCGUGUGCGUAUUUGACUUCUUGAGCUUCGUUGCAACUUGUUGUCUUUUUUACCACAUGGUUGAUAGAUCAUUGGUUCGUUGUGCAGGUCUGGGCUGUAACACGACCUCAACAGCAAUUUGCAAUGAUGUAUCGGUGGUCAGCGGCAUGCUGGAAGGCUGCACACAUACGUACAGCAUAUGCUUGCUUUGUUGUUGCAUUCGGCUGGUGUACAGAGUUGCUUUGAACGGACCAGACGCCGCACUCGCCCUUGUUCUUGUGGGCAGCAGCAGUAAGACAGCGGUCGGUGCGUGUGUCAAGAAUUUCAGGGCCAAGACUGGGAGGGCAUACCGCUUGGCGCCCCGCACUACCGCAGUCUUACACCUUAUGGUUUGAACAUCAGUCAGUCUGCUCCGUAAACCGAGUAAUUCUACUUCCGUUGGCCAGCUUUGAGCUGCCUGCUUAGACCGUGUGCACCCUUCGAAGUGUGUACGCAACAGGACCGCGUUAAAAAUCGUGGUUGGGCACGCAAGUGCUGUACCACGUCGUCGUGGUCGCCGCUCGCUGUAUUUUUCUACUGUCUCGAGCCGCGUCGAGCGGGGUUUGUUUGGUAGAGUUACUCUUCGGUUAGCACCGACUGCGGCAACCGGGUGAUCAAUGCGUAGAUGAGUGCGCAUCUGUCUUCAAACCGAAUCUUUGCAUCAUGGCGGAGUGUGUUGCGUCCUCUCUCGUCUUUUCCGAUGGACCCGUGGAACAGUUGAUGUCUGUUGUUGCGCGUUCAUGUAAUAAAGGGAAGAUCACCAUCCAGACGAAAGGCGAGCGCUUUGUUUGAUCCUUUCUCAGUACCGUCGGAACCUCGUAAAGCACGAUCACUGCUGUAUGAUCAGCAAACACUCAAGAAGGCCACGCAACACGAUGCAUGCAUUCAUCACAAAUUCGUCCCGAAGAUAUACUCUUUGUGCGUAAGACUAUGCGUACAUAGGAUAAAGAGCUGGGACAACAGGCGUGUUGAUUCUGCCAUUCUCUAGCUCCUCUCCCAUCCUUACAAAUGUAGCUCCCCUCUCAACAGCAGUCUUCAUGUAGUCUCCUCGCAGCUCGGCAUUUCGGCAUUUCGCCACUAGCACUCUGCCGGGCACCCCCCCCCCAACGUACGACUAACCCGUACCAGUGCGUACACACGCGCGCCUAACGGCGGGAACUACAGAAUAGUACGAAGUAGGAAGUAGGAAGAGAAUUGGGGGAAUGCUUGCGGUCCCUGAGUUAAAAUGACAGUCCCGCCGUGGCUCCUUGUCAAAGUCUGGUGCUUUGCUGCAGCACACGCACACCGCCUUCGAUGGUGCAGCUCGCACUAGGGUGGACCAGCACGCGCUCAGGGUUGGGGUCAGCAUCCCUGUCGCGUGCCUGAGGCGCUUACUUGUUCUCGGCGAGGGGUGGUGACACGUGUUUCACUGCUAGGAUAUUCGCAUAUUUGAGCAAGGCGCUUGACCGGAUCAAAUUUUGAUCAGUAGAGAACCAGCGAGAGGGAGGUGAGGGACGCCAUUUCACAAGGCAACCAUGGUCUUGUGUCGUCGUCUGCCUGCCGCCAAGCCGACCCCCCUACUGUUCCUCGCCAUCUGCUGCGCCGUCGGGUGGGGAUUCCUUCUGCCUGGCGGCAUUCGCAGCAGCAGCAGCAGGGGUGGGUUAGAAGCUGUCUCGCGGAGCAACAUGAUACAGGAUUCCGACGUACGUCCUCCUCCACGCCCUCAUAGGUCACGCGACAGAUACAGGAGCAGAGGCGGCUAUUGCAGCAGGAGGGCCACCUCUGCUUCCCGCCAGACGGGCCCUAUCUCAUCGCUUGUCCCUCACGGGCAGCCCACCAGCCACGUGCCCACCAGAAUGCAGAGUGCCGACGGAGGAGAGCAGACACAACAAGAGGAGCUCGAUGAGCAAACUGCUGUGCAACGGGACGAGGAGCAAACCAGCGA